AGGUUUUGAAUUUGUCUGCUUACCACUGACUACUAGACCAACACAUUGCCGUUUGCUGCCGAUUCUUCUGUCAUCGUCUUUGUCGGUUCCUGCAACAUAGGGGAAGGAGUCACAUACCUCCAACAUCGAUCGUGUAUCUGUUCAAGAGUUCAUUUCAUUUCAUUUUUAUAAUAAGAUUGUGUGUUCUGUCAUGGACGACUAGACACCCGUCAUGGGAUGUCCAGCAGAGAGAAAGACUUGAAUGGACACAACCUGUGGUUACAUUUUUAUGUUGGAUUUCACACUGAUUAUUUGUUAAGGUCCAAAGAAACCACCAUUUGUCAUUUAAAAAUGUGUUUAGGUCAGUGUAGCUGUGGUGUAUUUCUUAGUGAUCCAGGAUGAGCUUCAAGAGCUGCCGUGGAGGAAUCUCAUCAGAUUCAUCUUGUUCAUCCAAACAAGCUUUGUUUGUUUGUGGCUUGUUUUAUGCAUCACAUUAUGUUCAUGCAGUUUUAGUUCACUGCACGUGUCACCAUUUCUGUGAAGACCCUUGUUGUGUAAUCGAGUCAUCUUGUAAGGACAUGAAUCAUGAUUGAUGAGGAAUUUUUUUUCGUAAGGUUAGAUGUUUGUGUAAUCUUAUUUGUCUUGCUCACACAGUUCAUCUUCUGCAAGCACACAGGGUAUUCAAGCCUUUCUCUCCUCUGGACAUCCCUUUCCCCAGUUUUUUGUUAAAUGGAAAUUAUACAAAACAGUGCAUUCCUGAGGGGUUUGUGUCGCAAUAGCGCCCCUGCAGAUUUACAGUAUGAUAAUUCAUCUGAACUCUUUCGUAUAUCCACGUAUGCUAAGUUCCCCACCACUGCUCUGGUGACGGAGCGGAGUCUCGCUCGAGCAGGCUUUUAUUACACCGGAGUGGGCGACCGUGUCCAGUGUUUCCGCUGCAAUAUGACGGCUGACAACUGGCAGUCCGGUGACUGCCCUGCCGAGCGCCACAAACAGCUGUCUCCCAACUGCAGCUUCAUCCAGAGUUUACCUGCCACCGCAAACCUCCUGUCGUCCUCCCACUCAGCCUUUUCCCCACUUCGCAACAUAGCCGUCCUGCAGCUGUCCGCCCCUGCAACCGCAGGAGCGUCGACCACUGCGGCAUCUGUUUCUGGCCAGACAGAGGAGCAGGUGGGUUACCUAAACAUGGGAUUCACCAACCUGGCACCCUCCAGUCCCAUUUCCUCCCGUGGAGUGGAGGAUAUGUCUCACCAGCGACCACCGGCUUUUCAUAAUCCCAGUAUGCGUCGGGAACAGGAGCGCCUUGACACGUUUCAGAAUUGGACUCUUGCUACUGUAACUCCAGCUGAGCUUGCCAAAGCUGGUUUCUAUUACCUUGGCCAGGGCGACAGGGUGGCUUGCUUCAGUUGUGGCGGCCAGCUCAACAACUGGGAACCAGGAGACCGGGCGGUAUCUGAGCACCUGAGGCAUUACCCCAACUGCCGCUUUGUUCGAGGCGACCGUGCAGAUAACAUACCGUUAUCUGGUGGCGGCCUUUCCAAUGUAUCCAACUCGGCAAUGCAACAGUGUGAAGAAAGGCUGCUUACGUUUGUCAACUGGCCCUCGAGAAUACCUGUUCGACCAGACCAAUUGGCUAAAGCUGGUUUUUACUAUGUUGGUCGUAACGAUGAUGUGAAGUGCUUUUGUUGUGAUGGUGGACUCAGAUGUUGGGAAUCUGGUGAUGAUCCAUGGGUAGAACAUGCUAAGUGGUUUCCAAGAUGUGAAUACUUGUUGCAAGAAAAGGGCCAAGAAUUUGUUCAUCAGAUUCAAGCAAGAUUUCCAAGACUAUUUGAACAGCUCUUGACUAAUGGAGACAGCAACUCGAGAGAAUUUAUUGAUCCACCUGUUGUACACCUGGGUCCUGGAGAAGACCGUUCAGAAGAUGCAGUGAUGAUGAACAAUCCCGUGGUAAAGUCUGCUUUAGAGAUGGGAUUUGAGCGUAGCCUGGUGAAGCAAACAGUCCAGAGCAAAAUUCUUACAAGUGGAGAGAAUUACAAAACUGUUCAAGAAUUGGUGUCUGAUUUACUAAGUGCAGAAGAUGAGAAGAGAGAGGAGGAGCGAGAGCUUCUUGCAGAGGAGAUGGCCUCAGAUGGUUUUACUUUCCUUAAGAAACAUCAUGCUGCCUUGACACAGCGUCUAAAAAGCGUCCAGAGCUUAAUGGAUCAUCUUCUGGAGGAGAACGUCAUUUCACAGAAAGAGUAUGACACUAUUCGUAACUGCACUUCAGUCAAGCAGCAGACAGGGCAGCUCAUUGAUUUAGUCCUGUUGAAAGGAAAUGCCGCAGCAGAGGUUUUCCGCAACUGGAUCAAGAAGAAUGAUGUGUACCUGCUGAGAGAACUGAUGGCCCAGACAAAUGAAGCUGCAUCACCGAGUCAAGAUCUUUCAGACUUGCCUAUGGAGGAACAGUUGAGAAGACUUCAAGAGGAGCGCACAUGCAAAGUUUGCAUGGACAAGGAGGUCAACAUUGUCUUCAUCCCCUGUGGUCACCUAGUGGUAUGCAAAGAGUGUGCACCUUCUUUACGCAAGUGCCCCAUAUGUAGAGGAUUGGUUAAAGGCACUGUCCAUACUUUCCUAUCAUAAAAUGAAUAGUUAUCCAUUGAUAAGUAACAAAAUAAGUGACUGGAUUUACAAAUUGUAUUCUUUAAUUAAAAUUCACAAUGUGAAUAAAAAUUCAACGUGUUUCUGAAUUAAAUUAAACCGUGAAACUGAA